AUGGCCGAGCGCGGCCCCGCCGAGCAGCUUCGCGCUGAAGCCUCCUGCUCGCUGUGCCUCGGCCUCUUCCAGGACCCCGUGUCCAUCCACUGCGGCCACAACUUCUGCCGGGGCUGCAUCGAGCGCUGCUGGGAGAGCUCCCGGGACAGCUUCCCGUGCCCGCGCUGCAGGGAGACGGCCCCGGAGCCGAGCCUGAGACCCAACCGGGAGCUGGCCGGGAUCAUCCGGAUCGCGCAGCGCCUCAGCCUGCGGCGGGGGCCCGGGGCGGGGGAGCGGCUCUGCCAGAAGCACGGCCAGGCUCUGAAGCUCUUCUGCGAGGAGGAGCAGAUCCCCGUGUGCCGCGUGUGCCGCGAGUCCCAGGAUCACCGGCUCCACGCCGCCGUGCCCAUCGAGGAAGCGGCGCAGGAGCACAAGGAGAAAUUCCAGGCUCACGCGCAGACCCUCAAGGACAGGAGAGAAAAGAUGCUGGGGCUGAAAGCGGCGGAGGAAGGAAAAAGCUUGGACUUGCUCGAGCGGGUGGACGCCGAGCGGCAGAAGCUCCGGGCACAGGUCAAGGAGCUGCACCAGCUCCUGGAGGGGCAGGAGCAGCUCCUCCUCGGCCGACUGGCAAAGCUGGACCGGGAGAUCGUGCGGAGGCAGGAGGAGAACAUCAGCAGGCUCUCGGAGCAGAUCUCCUCCCUGGGCCAGCAGAUCCAGGAGCUGGAGGACAAGUGCCAGCAGCCGCCCUGGGAACUCCUGCAGGACAGCAGAGACAUCCUGAGCAGGCUGGAGAAGCAGAGCGCCCCAGAGCCAGCGGAGACUUCGCCAGAGCUGGCAGAGGAACCCUCAGGGCUGCCCCAGGAAAACGUCACCCUCAAAGAGAUGCUGAAGAAGUUCCAAGUGAGCCUGACGCUGGAUCCGGACACGGCCCAUCCCCGGCUCGCCCUGUCCCAGGAUGGGAAGUGCGUCCGCUGGGAAGACACCCGCAGGGCCGUCCCCGACCACCCCAAACGCUUCGACUCCUCGCGCUGCGUCCUGGGCCGCCAGGGCUUCGGCUCCGGCCGGCACUACUGGGAGGUGCAGGUGGGCGACGGGGCCGCCUGGGCCGUCGGCGUGGCCAAGGAAUCCGUGCGCAGGAAGGGCCGGAUCAGCGUCAAGCCCGAGCUGGGGAUCUGGGCCGUGGGGCAGUGCGGGAGCCAGUGCCAGGCCCUCACGUCCCCCACCGUCCCCAUCUCCCUGCCUGAAGCCCCCGAGGUGGUCGGGGUCUACCUGGACUACGAGGCCGGGCGAGUGGCGUUCUUCGAUUCCCGGAGGGAGAUCCCGAUGUUCACGUACCCUCCGACGUCCUUCGGUGGGGAGCGGGUCCUGCCCCUGCUCUGCCUGGGCAGGGGGUGCCGGUUCACGCUGCUCCCCUGAGCCCCCCGGGCGGGGGAACUUCCCCCUUCUCCAUCAUUUCCGCCAAGGAGAAGCUGCAGUUGG